CUUGACGAAAACGCGGGGAUGAUCACGGGGUCCCUAUAAGUAGACACUAACAAGCAGCGAGCUGACAACGAGGAGGACCAGUCGCACGAGGUACAGAGGGACCAGGCAACAGCGCUCGACAUGGAGAUGCUCGCUAAACUCGUGUUUCCCAUCGUGAUAAUCUCCGUGCUGGUCGCUUGCAGUCCGACUGAUGCGUGGUACAAACAGGUGGCCGGUCCGAGCUACUACUCGGUGGGCAGGGCGUCCGGAUUGCUGUCCGGCAUCCGGAGGUCGCCGUACGUCAGGAGAGCCGAGCCGGAGCCGUCAGACAGCGAAGAGCAAGCGAGUAACAGCGUGUUUUCUGAAUUAACUCCGCAAAAUUCCAUCCUGAAGACGAUGCCUGUGUGUAUCAAAGACAUUACACCAAACCUGCAGAGCUGUGAACUCUUCCAGGAACUCAAGGCUUCAUUUAAGUGCAAAGCCGACGUCUUCCUCUCCCUGGACUCCUCAGACUGUGCAGCAGAUUGAGCAGCAAAGCCGCCGGCCGAGAUGGAGCCGACUUCUCGAAGGCGUUAACGUUUAAAAACUGUACAAGUUCAAGUCUAACACUGGUGUUGCACUCGAUGGAAGAUAUGCUACUUUUCAUUUAUCAUUUCACCAAUUUAUUUAUUGAUUUUAUGAUAAAGCUGUCUUAAAACUUUGUGUUAUAAAAGUAUAAAUGUACAUAUUUGAUCUGAGUUUUCAUUAAUAAAUGAAUCAUAUUGCAACCCCCUUUGUUCAACUUCCUGAAUGCAAAACACAUUGCGGUGCAAGGAUUUUUUGUGCUCAUCAAUACUGGAGAUAAUUUAAAUUAGUCUCAGCAGUUUGACUUGUCAUUUUGGUAAUUAAUUCAGUUUUGGGCAACUUAUGAGCAACGUGUGUUUAAACAAGAGCUAAAACAGGAAAAACUAAAAAUUAGAGCAUUUUUCCAAGUUAUAGUUAACAUUCUGCAUGGAUAAAAGUUCUUGAAAGCGGGAUAGAUGAACAGUAUUAAAAAGAAUAGACAUUCUCAUCAAUAAAUAUUUUAUUUAAAAUGUCUUAAAACAAUAAUGCUAUAUUAACCAUCUUACCUGAUUAAAUAAUAAGAUGUGUUUCCACAUGAAAAUAAGUGAUAUUUGUAUUCCAGUGCUGA